UCUGUGAAACAUGGAGGAUGAGAGUGAAGGCAAAGGUUUAACACCUGGUUCUAUGCAAACAGUCAGGCUCUUGAUGCAGUUCUCUGGCCGGAGACUCUUUAGGUUUUCUGCGGCCUCUUUCCUCCUCAGCUGCUCCUGCUUCCUCUCCUCCUUCUCCUUUGCCUUCGCAGCCCUCUGUCUCUCCCUCUCCUCCUUCCUCUCCUUGGCUCUCAGUCUGUCCGCCUCCAUCUCCUCCUUGCUGCGGCGUUUUCUUGCAGGGCUCGCUGUGCCGCCUCCAUCAGGCGCCUCUGGACGCAAAGAAGAUACAUUUCCUGACAGUAUGGCUCAACCAGCCGAAAAAGCCUAUUACCGCUUCAUGGUACUCUUCUUUAACUGCCUGCUGACAUUUGGAUCUUACUUCUGCUUUGACAUCCCCAGUGUCUUACAGGAUCAAUUUCAAGGGAACCUCACAUGUCCCAAUGCAACACUGAUCAAUGGGACUGUGGACUGUGUGGAGGGCCUGGGGAUGAGUCCUCAGCAGUACAACCUGCUCUACGCCAUAUAUGCUUGGACAAAUGCAGUCGUGGUGAUUAUGGCAGGGUUCCUGAUUGACAAAUUAGGAAAUCGAUUCGGGGUGUUUCUCUUCUCUUUUCUCUGUGUUCUGGGCUCAUCUCUGUUUGCCCUCGGUUCCCACUUCAGAGGAACUCCCUACCUCCUUCCGCUCAUGCUUACAGGACGUUUAUUAUUUGGUUCAGGCAAUGGAUCUUUGACCAUUGUACAGAACCGCAUCACAGCGUUCUGGUUCAAAGGGAAGGAGCUGGCUCUGGCCUUCGGUUUGACUCUGGCCUUUUCCCGUCUGGGUUCGGUUCUAAAUUUCUUCCUCACACAGAAAUUUGAAGAAAAAUAUGGCAUGCAGUGGACACUCUGGGGUGGAGCGCUGCUGUGCGUUCUUGGCUUUGUUUCUGCGAUUAUAGUGAGCGCCCUGGACAAGGUCGGAAUGAAACAGCUGGGCCUGGAUGGAGCCAUCAGAGAGGAGUCCCGCAAAGUGAGGGUCCAGGAUGUGAAGCUGUUGUCUCUCAGAUACUGGCUGCUGGUCCUCACCAUCAUGUUCUUCUAUAAUGGCAUUUUCCCAUUCAUUGCAGACGCCAGCAAGUUCAUUCAGGAUAAAUACAGCGACUACAGUCAGAAGGAGGCGGCCUACAUUGCGGGGGCGGUGUACGACAGCUCACUGGUUCUCUCAGCCAGCGUGGGCAUUCUCAUCGACUAUGUGGGACUUCGAGGGGUUUUCGCCGUGGCCUGCGCCAUCUUCACGCUGCCCGUCUUUGGACUCCUGGCGUUCACCUUUGUCCCUCCUCUGGUCUCUACUAUAUGGCUGGGAGUCACCUACUCCUUUGCUGCUGCCAGCAUGUGGCCUUCCAUCCCCCUGGUGGUGCCUCAGGCCACACUGGGAACAGCCAUGGGCCUGGCCACCUCCAUACAGAUGGUGGGGAUCGGGGUCUCCAAUCUGAUUGUCGGACAGAUUUUGGGCACUAAAUCAAGUGAAGCUAAGAUCCCACUCUGGCGCUGGCAGAGGAUGAUGAUCUUCAUGUUGGCCAACACCAUCUGCUGCAUCGUGACGUCUGUGCUGCUCAACUUCGUUGACCACAGACAGGGUGGCACUCUGAACAAGACAACCAAGAGAUCAGGGCAGACAGAGGAAGACUCGGAGCGAGAACCGCUCACCCGCGGUCAGGAGGAGGAAGAGCAACGCGAGGCCGAUGGCGCCAAUGUCACACCUCAUUCCAUCAAUUCAUGAGGUCUUUUGCCAAACCGUGUCUCAAAAUGAAAGACUGCAAGCUGCUGUUUCCCAGAUCACAAACUACUUCUUUAUUUGGACCUUUUUGCUGCAACACCAGUUUAUAGAAAUGGAAAGGCUCUGGAAGAGCAGGUUGCAUUUUUCCACCUGUUUCAUAAAUUGAUUUUUAAAAUCAAAAGUGCAAUUUUAUCAGAAAAAUAUUGAGACUUUUUUAACUUACAUUUUUUAGGUGUUAUUUUGGACUGAAAGGGAUGCAGUUACUGGACUGGAAGAUCUUAUAGUUAUGUUUUUAUUUUGGUUAAAAUGAGAGGAAAGCAUUAAUAUUGUGGGGAUUAAACAGUUAAUCUAAAUUA